AUGGACCCGUCAGCCCCUUCCUCCUCGUCAAGGACCACCCACGACAGUAACAAUUCUAUAACAGAGUCUCAAAUUAAUCUCAAACUCGCCACCGCCCAUAAAGAACGCGAUGCCGCGCUAGAGCAGCUUGCCUUCCUGCGUGACCAGCAGGCGUACCUUGAUAAUGCGCUGAAGCAGGCACUCGACAAUCUCGAUGCGCAGAUGCACUACUACCAGGCGGAGCUCGCGUGUCUGCGACAGGUGGAGGCGAGGAGACGCGUUGAGGAGGAGGGGAGGCGGCGGGAGGUUGAGGAGGUGCUGGGAGAUUUGAGGUGUGUGGUUAGGGUUCUGCAAGAUGAGAAUGCGGUGCUCAAGAAUGAUAUUGGGGUGCUUCUUCGGGAGCAGGAGAAGCAGGAGAAAGAGCAGAUUGGGAAUAGGGACGCGAAGAGUGUGAAAGGAGAGGUGCCUUUUUCGAAUAAGAAAGCUGAAGAUGAUGGUAUACCUGAGGGUGCUAGUGCUUGUCACUCUGGAGGAUCCUGCUGUAUCGAACGUGAUUUUGUGGACGGGGCCCCAGAUACAUCGACAACUGUCGUAGCUGUUUGUCAGAGUCCAAACACCACCAACACUGUCACAAGCGACUCUGACACACAACUCCUGGUAACCAACUCUGCGUUGGAUUCCGACUCAGGAUUAUCUGCUAUUAUUAUCGGUACUUUUUCUGAUGCAGAUGCAACCGCUACCAAUCUAAAUGUCGACGUCACUCUCACUAAUGACAACAUCACCAUCGCUUCCGCUCCAAGGAUCAAUACCACCACCUCCUCCUCCUCUACUGCACAGAGAGCAUUAAGGAGGGGUACCGAUAUCCGCUUCACAGGGUUCUCGUACCCCAAGAAGCACGUAGUCCCAGACUGCGUUCCUGAACGCAACGGGGUCCACCGAUUCCUUGGGACGGGGAGUAAUACCCACUACACGCGCUUCAGCUGCAGUUACUGCGGCUUUAUUUGCAAAGAGCGCAAGCCGCAAUACAUGUUUAAUGUACGAGUAUGUUGCCUGCCCUGGAGGCGAUUGACUAGCAGAAGAUAUAUUGGAAUUUUCAAGUUGUUGCAGAAGCCUAUGGCAUCGUCCGAUUCUAAGCUCGGUAUAUCGAAUAAUUGUGUUCCCUACGUGUGUCUCGAUGCCAUUGAAGAUGGAGAUGGUCGUUGCCUGCCCUGUGGAGAUUCUGAUGAUACCAUCAGAAAGGUUUUCUUGAGCCUUGAGUCAAACUCCGAGCAGUCCAUAGACAUAACGGAGAUCGAGCAAUUGAAGGCACUUCUGAAAAAAACACAGCAGGAAAGGGAUGAUGCUCGAUUAAACCUUAACACUGUUGGAAAUCAGCACUCCAUAGACACAACGGAGAUCGAGCAUUUGAAGGCACUUCUGGAAAAAACACAGCAGGAAAGGGAUGAUGCUCGAUUAAACCUCAACACUGUUCGCAAUCAGCACUCCGGUCCAUGCCAUGAAGAAAUUGAUCGCCUUCAGACGCUUUUGAACAGAAUUAGGAAUAAAAGGGACGUACUUCAUGCACAAUUAAAAAAAGCGCUCGUGGACAACCAGACUAUGACACAUGGCCAUGAAAAACUACAAGCAUUAGGUAGGACGCAGGUAAAAGAGCGCGACGAUCAAAUAACUGCCUUGAAACGAGCGGAGAAAGCGUCCCGGGCUAUGAUCCACGUGCUGGAAGAAGAGAACAGAGUACAGCAGAAGGAGAUCGUCUCCUUAUCUAAGUAUGCAAAUAGGACGAUAAAUACUUUAGAGAAACAAAACAUGCGGCUGCAGGAGCUCCUCGCCAGGGCGAAGCGAGUUAAAGCCUAG